AUGAUGGCGGCGUCGCUCUUUCUGCACUGGGUGAAAGAAAACAGGGUGAUGACGCAGUCGAUAGAGGCGAGCCACGACCGUGCCAACGCGCGACGGAUGUCCGUGGAUGCUGGAAGCGAGGCGGGGCCACUGCCGCGUCACCAUAUUCACUCGACCCGCUCAGCGGCACGACGGUCAUCGCUGCCGGCUGCGGCGGGCGUGACUGGCGAACAGGAGUACCAGUGCCGCCUCGCCCUCCUCGUGCGCGCGUGGUCGAAUGUGCAGGCGGGUGAGCGUUUGCAGGUUGGCAAGGACGCCGUCGCCCUUCUCGACUACGCCGAAGACUCUCUGAGCUACCACGUCGGGUGUGCGCUGGCGCUCUUCGGGUUGCCACUGCCGGCUGCCAACAAGACAGUCAUGAAUGCCACCGCGUACCUCACAGGCAUCGUUGCGGACACGACGUCGACGCCCGCACACGUUGUCUCGCCUCGUUCGUUUUCGCCUGCCAUGCAAGGGCACCUGCACGUUCUAACGGAGUCGGUGCACGCGCUGACGUUUUUGCACCUGGGCAUGGUGGAGCCGGCGCUCCAGGUGGCAAAGGCCGCGCUUGACGGUCAAGGCUCUGCGAACGUGCGGCAGCAGCUCUGUCGACAGUGAAGGGAUGAUGCCCUGCUCCUGGACACGCUGCGCCGCGUUGUGGUGAUGGCCGCCACCGCGCUGGAGGACGCCGCGUCGGUGCUGGAGGUGACACUGUCGCCGCACCUCCUUGCGUACAUCGCGGUGUGCCCUGCCUUCUUCGGCGGUCUCUGCGCUGGCGGCAUUCGCGUCAGGGCGCAGUCCGAUGCGCACUGCCUGUUAUACUUGUCAGGCCUGCCCCUGUACGCUUCCACGCGACAGAUGAUCCCGUUCCCAAUGAACCGCGCCGUGUAUCUCUACCGCGUCGGGCAGCUGUGCGGCGCCUGGGAUGACGCGUGCUGCGCUGUCGCCACGGUGGACGAGGUGAUCGGCUCCGUCGAGUUUGCCUUCUCCGACUGCUUCCCGCUGCAUGUGUACUACUUUGCCUGCCACGUCGGAUUUGCACUGCUACAGGCGCUCCUGUUAGCCGAUCUGGAGGCGGCCAAGGCGUGCCUGUCGCGCCCCACCAGCAAGGAGGCCAAGGGCAAGAAGGACGCGACGCCGCGGGAGGGCGAGAUUCUCAUCAAAGCGAUAUUCGAUACAUGGCAGGACGUGGUGCGGCGCGUGCUACACUUCUACCCGCACUCUCGCCUGACGGAGCUUUUUCCAGGUUCAGCUGAGUAUCAUCCGUGGUGAGAAGCACUCCCUGAGCCAGGCGGUGCUCCUGUCCGACUGCUACCCGCACAGCCCCCGCGACGCAGAACUUGCUGACACUCGCCCUUUAUUUUGACCACCAUGUGCCAGAGGCCGCCAACAAGGCCGUCAAGAACCUGCAGGCCUUCCCGCACUCGCGCGAGAUCAUCUAUGCACAGUAUGCUGCAUGAAAAGCACGUUGUCUAUCGGUUUGACGACUACGGAGCUCUUCUGAUGAGCUACGAGCCCGGGUUGGCCAGGCACGGGAUCACGAAGCGAAUGGCGCUCCUCGCCUUCCUGCUGGCGGCCAACUUGGGAUUGUUCUGCCGCACCGUCUACGUGAACACCUCUUCCUUCGUCGAAUUCUCCGAGGAGAUGAAGGUGCUGGCGGUGCGCAUGCAGCUGCCCUCGCCGGUGCCGCUCUUCUUUGCCGCCAUCUUUGUCAUCCACGCCAUUCUGGCGGCCGCCACCACCAAGAAUUUGAUCGGCACGGUCCUCACCGACCUCUUCUUCGUGAACAGCGCGCUAAACGGUGCCCUCUUCUGCCUUCGAUGUAUUCCGCUGGUGAACGUGGUGAACGCGCUGCUCAUCAGCUUCGCCGGCAACAACUUCCUCUUCGGGAGUGCCUCCUUCACGUUUGCUCUGUCCUUCUUCCUGAGCAUGCUCUUCGCGUCUUACACAACGCGCGUCUGGUUCCUGCCGUCGGUCAACGAGCCGGACGUAGACGUGAUGUGGUGGUUGACGAUCCUCAUGGUCGACACCGUCGUGGCAUUCUUCGUGCUGGUGCCUCAUAUUAUUCAUGCCGUGCCAGAGUCGUACAGGUUUGUCAUCUUCUACUUCUACGUGCCAACGCCGCGACCUGGAUUCGAGACGGGCGAGCUGCCACCGUGGAGCAGUAUCCGUGAACGGCUGCUCCUGCACCUGCACGAUGGCCAGUCGAUGCCGCCGCGCUUCAAGGCCGGCAGUGGCUCCCGCUUCCUCCACAUUUGCUGCCUGAAGCGGCGUUACUACCGCUCUCACAGCUCCAUGGAGACGCGCUAUCUGGCGAAGUUGCAGCUGGAGGCGGAGAAGUACCGUGUGUUUCCCAUGAGUGAGGGCGAGGAGGCGCGUGUGCUCUUCUCGCAUGUCCCGCUGACGCCGAUGUGCGCGGCGCUGACGAGCACAGAGUUGAAUCCCGCCUCUGGUCCCGCCGCCAAGCGGCUCCGUCGCGGUGGUGCCAGACAAGGGCGGCAGUGCUGCUGA